AUGGACAUCAGGCUUGGAUACGAGGUUCCGGGAACAGCGUCAUUAAAAAACAGAGUAAACAUCCUUAAAGGACUGACAGGCCAUGCCCAUAUCAAAGCUGUUCUGGUUUUGUUUUCAAAAGACAAAGACAUUUUGAAUACACGUUUUAAGCAGGAUGGCCUUAGCCCAAUUAACAAUACAGAAAACAAUGGUUUAGGAGCCAGGCGCACGCGGCGUUCAACAAAGAAGUCGAACCGAACCAACAGAAAAAGAAAAGUGUGUCAAGUAAAAGAUUUUAAAGUUGACUUUAAUACAAUCGGCUGGGGUAAAUGGAUAGUGCAUCCGAAACAUUUUAACGCAAAGGUGUGUGUAGGAAUUUGUCCAUCACCAAGCAAAGACAGUCUGUCGCCAAGCAACCACGCGAUGCUACAAGGCAUGAUGAGGGCCAACACUCGCGGCAAGAAAAGGAAGGUCUCUAUGCCGUGUUGUGUUCCUACAAAACUGAAACCACAAAGUAUGCUGUAUUACGAAGGAAACGAACUUGUUGUCCGCCAUCACCAUGACAUGGUCGUGGAUGAGUGCGGGUGUCGGUAA